UUCGCGUUUUCCGUGCUGCACUAUUUCAAAGUUAAAUUAAAUGAAAAUGUCCCCGUAUUAUUACUUUUAUAGUUUAUUACCAAAACGGGUUGUUAAAAUCAACAGUACAUUUUCACUUUACAGCUUCGACUAAUGCAAAAUGCGCCCUGUAAAUUGCAUUAGGAAUUUUAGAUAGAUUUAGAGGUAUCAAGACUGUACAUAAGUGCGUUUUAUUGAUCUGACCAGACAUAUUUGAGGGCGUGAACUGUGAAGUGGUCGCAAAAUGGAGUUAGAUUUAGUGGUUUCAAGACUGUACAUAACUGCAUUUUAUUGAUCUGAUCAGACAUAUUUGUGGGCGUGAACUGUAAAGUGGUCGCAAAAUGAAGUUCCAUAGACGGUGUGGUGACCGAGUGACACUUUUGCACGAUAAUACGACUGCUGUUAGAAAUUUUGUUGAAUUCAAUCACGGUUUAAUUUUGAGUGCGGAACCUAUCGCAGAUGAUGUUUUAUUUGAAAUCUGCAUCGAUAGAAAGGUUAAUGUAUGGAAUGGCAGCCUCGAAAUCGGCGUUACCACUUUGGAUCCCGAAUAUAUGGAGCUUCCCGCAACGGCCACCAAACUGCGGAAUACAGCCUGGAUAAUGUCUGGCAGUUCUAUAGUUAAAGAUGGAGUAACUUUAAUAAAUUCCUAUGGACCAGAGUUAGAUACCCUACGGGAAGGCGAUACUCUUGGGGUCAUGAAAACUUGCAAGGGGGAGUUAAUGUUCUAUGUUAAUGGCCGAUGCUUGGGUACAGCAGCGCGGGAACUGCCGACAAGAUUGUUUGCUGUAAUUGAUUUAUAUGGGCAGUGUGUGCAGGUGUCAAUCAUUCAAACGAAUGGUGUGCGAUCCAUAAUGGAGAGUAGUUUGGAUCAGAUUGAGGACGACCCUAACAACGAUGACACAUUGACUUCAAGCGAAGAUGCAGCCCCUGACACUUCAAAUCCAAAGGAUGACCAAGAAGUUUUUGCUUUGACACCAGAAGAUGGUGCCUGUGCCAUAGCUGCCCAUGAUCGUUUACGGUUUCACCCAAGAUGUGGUAUUCUAGUCAAACUAUCGUCUAAUAACAAGAGUGCAGAAAGAGCUCGACCAUUGGACGAUUACAAUAAUGGUGUUGUAAUGACUCACCGGCCACUGUAUGACAAUGAACUUUUCGAAAUACGUAUCGAUAGACUUGUAGAUAAAUGGAGUGGCAGUAUUGAGGUUGGUGUAACAACUCAUAACCCAGCAAUGAUGAGAUUUCCGUCUACUAUGACCAAUAUGGACACUGGUACUAUAAUGAUGUCCGGAUGCAAAGUCCUCCUGAACGGACAUGGCACUUGUAUGGAGUAUGGAAACUUCAAUCUGGAUGAAUUGAGGGAGGGUGAUACAGUGGGUAUGAUUCGUAAAUCCAAUGGAAGCCUGCACUACUAUAUAAAUGGCAUUGACCAAGGUGUUGCCACUGACAAGGUGGAACAACAAGUGUGGGGUGUCGUUGACUUGUAUGGAAUGACUGUAAAGGUAUCUAUUGUGGAUCUGUGCGAGGAUAUUGAUAACAACAUCGAUAUUUUACCCUCAGUAUCUACAGUACCUGAACUUGAACUGCCUGUUCCAAGCAGGUUCAAGCCAAGGAUAGACGAAGAUAGCCUUUUAUUUCAUACGCUGCGUGAUUCGUAUGUUAUUAUUAUUAACGAUGGUAAGACUGCUCAUAGGCCUAAUGCUUUCGAAUACUUCGACAACGGCGUAGUGAUGACCAACCGAACGCUGCGUACUAACGAGUUGUUCCAAGUGCGACUCGAUCUGGUCAUCCCCAAGUGGGCUGGAAGCAUUGAAAUAGGAGUCACGCAGCACACUUCAAAUGACAUAAAAUUACCAUUCAAAUUGAGCACUUCAUUAUCAGGCACUUGGCUUAUGUCUGGUGAAGACAUAAUAAGAGACGCGACUAUAAUUAUACCAAAGUACGUCAGAGACCUCACCAGAUUAGUGGAAGGCGACACUGUCGGUGUGAUGAGAAAGAAUAUGGGUAUCCUACACUUCUUUGUGAACGGAGUGGACCAGGGUCCCGCCGCUUUUAAUAUCCCUGAACACGUUUUUGGAAUAAUUGAUUUGUACGGACGUGUGGCGCAAGCGACUAUAGUGGACUCAUAUUCUCCACCGCCAGCUUACUCCCCCGAAUCACCAUUCUCCACCGAAUCAAACACAACUAUUUAUCCUGAAAUGUGCUUCCAUCGGGUACACGGGCGAAACGCAAGGCUAAGCCGUACCCGACUGACAGCAUCCAGAUCGGCAGUGUACUCUGAAUUCAAUGACGCCGUACUAUUCAGCUCGCGUGCUCUGCGGGAGUGUGACAUGUUUGAGCUACGGAUUGAUUCUAUGGUUGAUUGCUGGAUUGGCAGUUUGGAAAUAGGUGUAACAGCUAUCCGGCCCGAUGAUCUAGAAGCAAACGGGUUGGCGGGCACGGCUACAGACUUGAACUGGGACACCUACAUAUUAAGCGGUGCGGCGAUGAUGAAAGAUGGCGAGUGCGUCCGCAGCGGAUAUCCGUUGGAUCUUGACACGCUUACAGUUGGGAGCCGAGUUGGAAUGAUGUGGCACGCAGAUCGCAGUUUGCACUAUUAUCUCGAUGGCAUGGAUAUGGGCAAAGCAUGGUAUGUCCCGCACCUCAACAUAUAUGCAGUGGUUGACCUUUAUGGACAGUGCACUCAGGUAACAAUCAUGCAGAACGAAGAAAGAGCAUUUAACUACAAUGGCUGCACUAAUUCUGACAACUCUUUGCUAAUUAACUCGAGGGCUUUGGCUUCGCCUCCACCGCCAUAUUGGAGCUUCUCUGAAUAUUGUGGCGACAAUAUGUGCUUAAUGCACGACUAUUCUAUCGCGAGGCGUCUCAGGCCCGACCCGCUGGCCGCGUUGGCCUUCAGUUCUGCUCAUCUGGCGAUUGGAGAAAUAUUCGAGAUAAAGAUAGUCGAAUGCUUAUACAACUACGCUGGCAGCUUCCGUAUGGGGGUGACGGAUAUUAAUAUUUUGAACGCGCACGUCAACCGUAGCCUGCCGCCCUCUGUUGCGUGUUUACCGCACUACACAGCUUACAUUGAUGGUAAAUACAUGCGCUACUCCAAACCGGGCACCAGGGAGCAAGAUCUAAGGGCUUUCGUGCCAUCUUUUGAGUGGUUGCGGCCUGGUGACAGAGUCGGUUUAAAAAAGACCACAGACAAUCGAGUGUUGGUUUACUACAACUGUGAAUUGCUUGACACUGCCUUUGAAAGGGUGCCAGACAAAGUUUAUGUUGUUAUGGAGAUAUUUGGGGCCGUGUAUAAGAUUCAAGCUGUCAAUAGGGGCAAUCCUGUUACUGUCUUGCCACAAACCAUUCCAAACGACUUGAUACAGAACGUCGAAGUGGAAGAGGUGAUUUGUGAAGUUGCAAUUACGAACAUGGACUCAACUGAAAUGGGUUCUUCGUUGGUUCCCGUAGUUCCUGUCAGCGAGACACGUCGAAGAAGGCCCGCCUUGCCUUACACCUUCCACUACAUACAUGGAGGGAACAUCAAACUUUGCAGUUCAGACACAGUGGCAAUGCGUACGUCGGGAUAUCAAGAUGCAGUCGCCAUUGUCAGCCAGCCUCUACGACGUGGUCAUCGGUUUAGGUUCCGAGUGGACAAAUUAGACGACAGCUGGGAAGGCAGCCUGUCCAUAGGUGGGGUGCCAUGCCUCCCUACAGACUCCGUGCCAGAGUGUGCCAUGCGGCUCGAUCCACCAGCCUGGAUUCUUUCCAGCGAUUUGCAGUUCAAUGGAACUAAUUUAAUCACUCACAUCGCUGCGGAGCUGGAAGAGGUAUCGGAGCAGUCUGUGUUGACGUUGCACUUCCGCUUCAACAGUGAACUCGUCGUCGACAUCGAUGGUACAAUGGUGGGCGUCAUCGGAUCCGUGCCUCGGACAUACAGUCACGUUUACCCCUUAGUAGAUCUUUAUGGAAGGGUUUGUCAGGUAUCAGUUUUACUCCAUCCUUACACAGUCGUAACUGGUACAUCGCUAGACUUGCCUGUGAUUGCUGAAAAUCGCCGAGAGGAAGAAUUUUUAAUGGAAUUUAAUUUUGAUGACAACGAUGAAGAUCAGCCUGCAAUAGAGCGAGUUGAGACCAGACUGAGGAAAACCAAAGCGUACAGUCAAGACAACCUAAUGGAGAGCUUCGAGCCUUUGGUUCCACAACCAGGCCCGAGUUCGGCUUCAAGACCUGUUGUUAAUAACGAAAUGAAAAACAAAGAAAUUAAAACUCAUAGCCCUUGUCGCACCAUGCACCAUAGUUUAAUUCUCACGCAGCCUUCUGAUAACAGGGACAUUUCGUUCCCCACGGUCCAGCGGAGUCGUUCCACGCAAGAUUUUUGUCGUAUGUCUGAUUCAUUCAUAGUGUCAGACGCGCUUCGACUCACUUACAGUGUUGGGUACCGGGACGAUGCCCGAAUCCUUGAUGAGAUCUGCGACACUAAUAUACGGCACAACGACCGCUAUCCCGAGGCAAACGACGUGGACAAUUUAGACAAUGAAAUAAUGGAUGCAUUGACUUUCGAAAUGGGAAAUCUGCCAGAUCUAACCGAGGAGCAAUCCUCGUCCAUAGAUGAGUCCACGCGGCGCGAUGAUUUAUGCUCGGAGCCGUUAACUGCUGAGAAUUUGAACUAUUUAAAUCGAAUACUGUGUUUGGAUCAGGAAUGUGGUGGACAGAGUUUGGAGGCCGAAUGGGAAGCGUUCGGAGAGGGCUGUGAACAUUUGCAUCUAGUGUUGAAGUACUGGAACUAUCUGGUGCUGCCAUAUCCGGAAUUGAGGCAGGCGGUGUCCUGGGGCCAAGUUAGGUGCUACUGCAGCAAUUGCCAACCAGAAGCGCAACCUCCUUUGGCAGGGUGGGUGCGCAUUGAGCGGAUUGAUGGCGUUGGCGCGGCUUCACGGGGUUUCUGGCACAUGACACGGUCAACACUGGGCGCCGCGCAGGCUGUAAACGGAGAAACCGGCGUAGCGAAGCGUCCGCGAUCUCUCGCCUCUUCACCAUCCAACGCUAUUUCUUUAGGAGAUAUUUGGCUAGAUGAAGAAGGAAAGCCACAUCAUACAAUACUGGCGAUUGAGAUUGACAUCGAGGGCAGUGAUGCAGACAAAGAUCGCCUCCUUGCUUUCUUAAUUCACAUGAAAUCGCAUGCAGUUUUUGUUGAAGAUAGUCCACUCAGUUUGGAUGAAUAAUUAUUCGAAAAAGCAAUUAAAGAGGCAAAACACGGAAGCUCUCAAAAAGUUUAUUGUUUGUCAACAUUUUUAAACGUUAUCGAAAACAUU